AGACAGGUUUUCCAACUCACCUUUCUCUAGAAUGGGGCGUGGCGGUGAGAAAACUGUCACACCUCCAUCAAAAACCUUCCAUGCUCAUGGCCACUCUCUGACCGCCAGUGACCUUUCUCGAGCGGAUGCCGCAUCCACUAUCUCGAGCUCGGUUAGGCCCAGUAAGUCGUUGGAGGCAAUGCCCACGGAAGAAUUGCGAAAGAAGGCACUGCAAUACGGACACGACGCCUCCGCGGACAGGGCCUCGUUGCUUCAAAUACUGGCCCCAUAUGGCGACAUUCUUCUCCGUACGGACGCGCCUCCCUCCCUCCCCCUCACCCCUCCUCCCUUCACCCUUGCGGAUAUCAAAGCCGCCGUACCCAGGCAUUGCUUCGAACGCUCCUUGACCACCUCCUUCUUCCACCUCGCUUGUGACCUCGUCCUGGUUGCUCUGCUCGGAUACUUGGCCACGCUCAUCGGGCACCCAGACGUGCCGACAAUGUCCCGCUACCUACUGUGGCCUCUCUACUGGUAUGCGCAGGGCUCGGUGUUGACAGGCGUGUGGGUCAUUGCCCAUGAAUGCGGGCAUCAGUCUUUUUCCCCGUACGAACGGGUGAACAACCUGGUGGGGUGGGUCCUGCACUCCGCCCUCCUCGUCCCCUACCAUUCCUGGCGCAUCUCCCACGGCAAGCACCACAACAACACGGGGAGCUGCGAGAACGACGAGGUGUUCGCGCCGCCCAUCAAGGAAGACCUGAUGGACGAGAUCCUCCUCCACUCCCCCUUGGCCAACCUCGCCCAAAUCAUCAUCAUGUUGACCGUGGGAUGGAUGCCCGGCUACCUGUUGAUGAAUGCCACGGGACCUCGAAAGUACAAGGGCAAGAACAACAGCCACUUCGAUCCGAAUUCCGCGCUGUUCUCCCCCAAGGACCGCUUGGAUAUCAUCUGGUCGGACAUAGGCUUCUUCCUCGCUUUGGCCGGCGUGGUGUGGGCCUGCACCCAGUACGGGUUCUCCACCGUGGGCAAGUACUACCUGCUCCCCUACAUGGUGGUGAACUAUCAUCUGGUGCUCAUCACCUAUCUCCAGCACACGGACGUCUUCAUCCCUCAUUUCCGCGGGGCAGAGUGGUCAUGGUUCCGGGGGGCUCUUUGCACUGUCGACCGCUCCUUCGGCUGGCUGCUCGACCAUACGUUCCACCACAUCUCGGACACGCACGUCUGCCAUCAUAUAUUUAGUAAGAUGCCUUUCUAUCACGCGCAAGAAGCGAGUGAGCACAUCAAGAAGGCGCUGGGGCCGUACUACCUGAAGGACGACACCCCGAUAUGGAAAGCGUUGUGGCGAAGUUAUACGCUUUGCAAGUAUGUGGACACGGAUAAAAAUGCCGUUUUUUACAAGCACCGAGCAUCAUAGUGAAGUCUUUCACCGGGGCGUGGGUCGCGAAUGCGGCUUAAUGUCCGCAGCGGCAUGGUUUCACCUAAAAAGACCAAGUGUGUAGUUAUGUUUCAUAUCUCGAGUGGAAACGCUUGAUGAUGGUGAUGAUCAGCGAAGGAUGGGAUACAUCAGAAGUAUUGCCAGUAUUCUUGCUGUUUUCCGUCAUGUUAGCAAACGAUCACCGUUUCCUUCAUAUUGUGUUGGUGCAUAACUGAACGAUGUGGACACGAGAGAGGAAGAGGAGACAAGUACAACAUACCUUGGAUUGACAACGAUGAAAGUUGAUUGAUAUUUAGAAGUGGGGAGAUGAGAACGAGGACAUGCCCUCAGAAAUUCUACAGUAAAACUAGCUCUAGGAAAAAAGAAACUGGAAAGAAGCUUC